CGGGGUCGGGGUCGCUCUGGCGCGCGGGGCGGAUGGCCAGGCCCGGGACGGGCGUCACGAAGCCCGAUGUUCAGGGGGGAGUGAGCAGAUGAUGAGCGAGAUGUCGUUCAGCGGGAGAGACAGCAUCCCGAACGAGGGAGCGCCGGGAAGCAGGAACGCCAGGGUGAGACGGGCCGUCCGCAUCUCCAGCAUCGUCGCGCAGGAGGUUCUGUCUCUGGGCGCCGAUGUUCUUCCGGAGUAUAAACUCCAGGCUCCUCGGAUCCACAAGUGGACGGUCCUGCACUACAGCCCGUUUAAAGCGGUGUGGGAUUGGCUGAUCCUGCUGUUGGUGAUCUACACCGCCAUCCUCACGCCGUACUCCGCAGCCUUCCUCCUGGACGAGGAGGAGGAGGUCUCCAUGCAGAACUGUGGCUACUCCUGCAGUCCUCUCAACGUGGUGGACCUCAUCGUGGACAUCAUGUUCAUCAUCGACAUCAUCAUCAACUUCCGCACCACGUACGUCAACGCCAACGACGAGGUGGUCAGCCACCCGCUGCGCAUCGCUGUGCAUUACUUUAAAGGCUGGUUCCUCAUCGACAUGGUGGCCGCGAUCCCCUUCGACCUGCUCAUAUACCGGACCGGGGAGGAGGUGAGUGCUGAGACGACCACCCUCAUCGGCCUCCUGAAGACGGCGCGACUCCUACGGCUGGUGCGAGUGGCUCGUAAACUGGACCGCUACUCUGAGUACGGGGCGGCCGUGCUGUUCCUGCUCAUGUGCACCUUCGCUCUGAUCGCUCAUUGGCUGGCCUGCAUCUGGUACGCCAUCGGGAACGUGGAGCAGAACCGCUCCAUCGGCUGGCUUCACGCGCUCGGCGUUCAUCUGGGCAAACAGCACAACAUCAGCAUCCCGAGGUCAGGGCCGAGCAUCAAGGAUAAAUACGUGACCGCGUUAUACUUCACCUUCAGCAGCUUGACCAGCGUGGGCUUCGGGAACGUGUCGCCGAACACCAACUCCGAGAAGAUCUUCUCCAUCUGCGUCAUGCUCAUAGGAUCGCUCAUGUACGCCAGUAUCUUCGGGAACGUGUCGGCCAUCAUCCAGCGGCUGUACUCGGGAACGGCUCGGUAUCACACACAGAUGCUGCGGGUGCGAGAGUUCAUCCGCUUCCAUCAGAUUCCCAACCCACUGCGCCAGAGACUGGAGGAGUACUUCCAACAUGCCUGGUCCUACACCAACGGCAUCGACAUGAACGCCGUGCUGAAGGGUUUCCCGGAGUGUCUACAGGCCGACAUCUGCCUCCACCUGAACCGGACGCUCCUGCAGAACUGUAAAGCGUUCAAGGGCUCCAGUAAAGGGUGUCUGCGGGCGCUGGCCAUGAAGUUUAAGACCACACACGCUCCUCCGGGAGACACACUGGUGCACGCCGGGGACGUCCUGACCGCGCUGUACUUCAUCUCUCGCGGGUCCAUCGAGAUCUUACGUGGAGAUGUGGUCGUGGCCAUCUUAGGGAAGAAUGAUAUAUUCGGCGAGCCCAUAAACCUGUACGCGCGUCCCGGGAAAUCUAACGCAGACGUGAGAGCGCUGACGUACUGCGACCUCCAUAAGAUCCACCGGGAAGAUGUGCUGGAGGUGCUGGACAUGUACCCGGAGUUCUCCGACCACUUCUGGAGUAACCUGGAGAUCACCUUCGACCUCAGAGACACGAACAUGAUUCCCGGCUCUCCCAGCAGCGACGAUUCGGAUUGUGUCGGCUUCAACAAACUGCGGAGACGGAAACUUUCAUUCCGACGGCGAACGGAAAAAGAUGAUGCAGAUGUUGGAGAGAUCAAGAAGAGUCAGAAACCCGUUCGGAGAGGCAGAAAACAAGCAGCCAGUAGCACGAGCGAACUGGACCCGGGAUGGAUGGAGCCUCGGGAUUCUGUGUCCUCUCACUCCAGUGGGGACGAGGGGGAGGAGCCUGUGCCCACAAACCCCGCCCCUCCCGCAUCACUCAUGGAUGUCACUGAGGGAGAGGCCGAUCCGAAAACAGGAAACACAUGUAACGCCCUAUCAGGUGCUUUCUCAGGUGUGUCUAACAUCUUCAGUUUCUGGGGUGAGAGUCGUGGGAGGCAGUAUCAGGAGUUGCCCCGCUGUAACCGUCCGCAUCCCAGCAGCCUCAGCGUCAGCCGGCAGCAGCGCAGCCUCAUGGAGAGCCGACUCGAGCUGCUGCAGAAACAGCUCAACAGACUGGAGAGCCGCAUGUCGACGGACAUCAGCGCGAUCAUGCAGCUCCUGCAGAGGCAGAUGAUGCUGGUUCCUCCGGCGUACAGCACAGUUUCUCCAUCCAUGUUCCCCGAGAGACACGUGCAGCCCGUCACUCCACUGGAGUCAGACACACUCGCCUCUCUCUCACAGUCGUGCGAGUCUCUCCAUCCCGCAGACGCUCUUCCCUCGGGAUCCUCGAACCUCGGGACCCGACCGGAGCGAGUGGCGGAGCUGAGGCGCUUCUCUCUGCAGGAGCCGCAGACGACACACACACCACACACACCACAGAAACACAGCUCAGACCCGGGGAGCUAGAGACUUUCUCUCUAUCUUUCUCUCUUGAGGAGUUUCAGAGACACACUGGAGCUGGUGAUCAUGAAAGACAGCGAUGAGCUUCACUCGUCUCCACUGCUGUCAUCCAGUAUUGGAUAUCCAUAAACAAACAAUAAUGAUUAUUACUAAUUUCAAAGUAGCCAUUAUGUCUUGCACUGAAUUUUCCAGACUCUCUCGAUCUAUAUCUUCACGUCUACGGCGCUUCCAAAACGAAGAACUGGUUGGACUUGUUAGUGUUAGCUGGCCUAACAGAAGAAGAUACGACUACUAAUAAUAAUCUGGUGUGUUCUGUC